UCUCUAAUUAGUAUUGCGAAACAAAGUUGAAAAUGCCACCAAAAACAAGAACAAAUAAAAAGCAUAACAACAAAGAGCGUCUCUCAACAUCGAGCGACACAAGCGACAAUGAAUCUUCUUCAGUGAACUUAACGGGGAUUAUUGACAAUUUAAACAAAGAGUUUAAAGUGCAAGAGCGAGCGAUGAAGAAAAUAAGAGAAUCGCAAGAACACAUUAGUGAUAGCUUUGAUGCGCUCAAAAAAGAGAUCGAUCGCUUAACAGAAGAAAACAAACAAAUAAAAAAAGAGUUGAAGGAACUUAAAACAAACGGCGAAGGUGUCAAAAUCAAAAUGAAAACAUUAGAACGAAAUGUAAUGGAAAUAAAACAAGAAAGAAAUAAAAACAACAUAAUAAUAACUAAUAUACCACAAAUAAAAGAUGUGAAUUUGAAGUCUGUAGUAAUGGAAAUUGCUGCACAAGUUAAUGCAAAUAUUAAUAUUGAUAGCAUCGAGGAUGUAUAUCAAAAUGAAAAUAAAAAAUUUAAGACACACCCAUUAAUCGUCAAAAUGAGCAGUAAUGAGUUGAAAGCAAAAUGCUUUGAGUUUAGGAAGAAAGGUUCGCAUAUAGAUUUGAAGAAAAUACUUCCAAACGUAGACAUGAAGGGGAAAAAAUAUAAACUUCCAUCAGCUGAUGGAAAAAGAACUGAGCGAUUUGAUGAAAAAGGCUAAAAAUGCAGCAUACAAAAAGAGCUACAAAUACGUGUGGGUAAAGGAUGCAAAAAUACUUGUAAGAAAAGAUGAUGACACCCCGGUGAUACAAAUUAUGGAGCUAGAAGAUUUAAAAAAGCUAGAUUAAUUAAUCUAAAUACAU